UGUAACCCCGGAAGUUUUUGAACGCAUUGACGCUGUAACGUGAGAUCGAUGAAGCUUUAAAACGUUACAAAUGAUCUGAAUCUUGUUUUUUCCCUGUAACUGUGACCUGAAACCUGCUCCGCUGGUCCGACUCGGUCCGGUUCGGUUCAGUACGGUUCGGUUCGGAUCUGAGAAGAGAUGACGUCGUUGUGGAGCCUGAGACCCAUGAGGAUGCUGCUUCAAGCAUCCCAGCUAGCCUCUUCUUGGGCCACGCCCCUCGUCUCCAGAGCCCCGCCCCUCCCCGUGGCCCCGCCCCCCCUGUGCCGGGCCAUGGCCACCCUGAACCAGAUGCACCGGCAGGGGAAGCCCCGGCCGACCCCCCGGGCCCCCGGCGCCACCUUCGGCCGGCCCCAGCUCAAGGCCGUGGUCCUGAAGACCAUGAUCCGCAAGCCCAAGAAGCCCAACUCGGCCAACAGGAAGUGCGCGCGGGUGCGUCUGUCCAACGGGAAGGAGGCGGUGGUUUUCAUCCCCGGGGAGGGACACAACCUGCAGGAGCACAACGUGGUUCUGGUGCAGGGGGGCCGCACCCAGGACCUGCCCGGGGUCAAGCUCACCGUGGUCCGGGGCAAGUACGACUGCGCCCACGUGGUCAAGAAGAAGCAGUAGAGACGCUUGGGACGGACUGGGGGGGUCGGGGGGACCCGGGGGGGUCAGGGG